GAGGAACCACAAACUUUGCAGAUAAAAGAAGAGCAGCAAAAGCCAGAAUAUCCCUGGACAAAAAAUGAAACCAUGGAGUUCCCCAUAAGUGAGCAUGAAGAGCAGCUUGGUCUGAAGCAGGAGACCGGACAUAUGGGAGAGGAACCACUCCCCUGUUUGACAUGUGGAGAAAGAUUUCUAAAAAAAGAACAUUUAAUAGAUCACAUGAAAACUCACGCAGGUCAGAAGAUUUAUGAAUGUCUGUCGUGUGGAAAAAGCUUCAGAGAAAAAAGCACUCUAAAUAAACAUAUCAGAGUUCACACAAAUAAGAAGCUGUUCUCCUGUACAAUUUGUGGCAAAGGUUUUGGUCAAAAAAGUGAUUUAACUAGACAUACGACAACUCACUCAGAUGAAAGACCUUUUUCUUGUAAGACCUGUGGGAAAAUGUUCAAAAGAAGAGAUUUGGGGAUUAAACACAUGAAAACUCACACGGUGGGGAAGAUUUAUGAAUGUGUGUCCUGUGGAAAAAGCUUCCCUAAGAAAUCUCACCUUGAUGUACACAUGAGAGUUCACACAUGUGAGAAGCCUUUCUCCUGUAUGAGCUGUGGCAAAAGUUUUACAGAAAAGGGUAAUUUGACAAGUCACAUCAGAAUUCACACAGGUGAAAAGCCUUUUACAUGUAUGUCCUGUGGGAAAAGCUUCACCUUUAAAUCUGUUCUCAAUCGACACAUGAGAACCCACACAGGUGAGAAGCCAUUCUCCUGUACGCUUUGUGGCAAAAGUUUUACACAACAUUGUAAUUUGGUUUGUCACAUGACCAUUCAUUCAGAUGAAGGACCUUAUUCUUGUAAGACUUGUGGAAAAAUAUUCAAAAGAAGUGAUUCAGUGUAUGAACAUAUGAGAACUCAUACAGGGAAGAUUUAUGAAUGUCUGUCCUGUGAAAAAAGCUUCACCUUCCAAUCUGCUCUUAAUCGACACAUCAGAGUUCACACCAGCGAGAAACCUUUUGAAUGUUUGUCCUGUGGAAAAACCUUUAGAUUUAAAUGUAAUCUUAAUGAACACAUCAGAAUUCACACAGGUGAGAAGCCCUUCUCCUGUAUGAUCUGUGCCAAAGGUUUUACUAAAAAACAUAAUUUGACUAGACACAUGGCGACUCAUUAAAAAAAUGUUUUUCAACCACGACGUUAGAGUAAUGAUCUUAA